AUGCCGCAGGACCUUUCAGCUAUCCCCCUCGAUAUUCUCCCUGAGCUCUGUGAGAACCUCUCCGUGGGAAAACUCACGAAGAAAGACGACAUCGCCAAGCCGCAAUCAGACUUUGUCCUCGGUUAUGUCGCUGCCAAUUCAAGUAAAUUGCUCGGGUAUCGGGCUCCCAACGGCCGGUCUGUGCUCCACUAUAUUGCUGCCGCUGGGAACGAGGCCCUGCUGGCGGUUUCCCAGAAAGAGGGCGCAGAUAUCUCUAGUGCUUGCUGUCAUGGCGCCGACUGGACAAUUCACGAUAGGCACGGGAAUACUACUCUCCAUGCAGCUGCAGCCAAUUGGGACUGUGAGUAUGAUGCGGUGGUCCGCCAUAUCAUCCAGGUAGCCAGAGAGCGGCGCGAAACCAAGGAGACAAUAAAGUUACUUCUUGACAAUGGCUGUACGUUAAUGUGGCCGAUAGUGUGA